AAUUUUGGCAGCGCUGGCUAACGGUACUUCGUUGCGCUAGCUAAAAGCAAACCGUGGCAAAUAACGGAACUGUUAACGCCGCGUGUGCGUGCGUUCGCCUCUGUGCUUGUGCGUGUGCGUGUGUGUGUGAGUUUGAGUGUGCGUGUGUGUUGUUCUUAGCUAUCGCGUGACUUUUUAGCUGGCCAAACUUCACAGCUAGAGUUAGAGGCGGCAUUCAAAGGGAAAUAACCCGAAUAUGUUUACGAAUUGUUGAGGCCGCAUUGAGACCAAGUGAACAUGCAAAAACAUCGUCAAAUUCGCAACAAUGUGGAGCAAUACUAAGGUGCGCCGCAAUGACUUGCCACUGUCUAAUAGCAAUAUUCUCAAUAACGACAACAACAACCAGGACAACAGCAACAGCAAUAAGAAGUCACUGGCUGAGCUCCGCUAGUCAGGCAAACCAAGUCUGAGGGCAGGACAUGACAGCGAAUCAAUUGAAUUCAAUCAAAUUGCCACAAACAACUGUCUACGGGCAGAGCGGGGAGCAGGUGAAUGUGGUGGUGGCAACGCAGUCGUAAACACGCCAACACAAGCAACCGCCACAGCAACAACAACAACGACAACAACAACUAGAAAAUCCGCCAGAAAGGCGAAACAUUAAUGUAGCUACAAAAUGGGCGCCAAUUCGUCGACCCGAUCCGACCCAAAUCUGCACCAGGAUGAUGACGUUAAUUUUGAUCAUUUUCAAAUACUUCGCGCCAUUGGCAAGGGCAGCUUUGGCAAGGUGUGCAUUGUACAGAAGCGGGAUAGCGGUGUCCUCUAUGCCAUGAAAUAUGUUAGCCGUUCAGUGUGCGAAUCGCGCGGCGCUUUGGGCGGCGUGAUUAAGGAGGUGGAGCUUUUAUCCUCAUUGGAACAUCCAUUUCUAGUGAAUUUAUGGUUCUCCUUUCAGGAUGAGGAGGAUUUAUUCAUGGUCUGCGACCUGUUGACGGGCGGUGAUUUAAGAUACCAUUUACAGAACCGAGUGGAAUUCUCUGAGCAGAGUGUGGCCUUAUUAGUGUGCGAGCUGGGCAGUGCCCUGGAGUACCUACAAACACAUCGUGUGAUCCACAGGGACAUUAAGCCCGAUAAUAUUCUACUGGAUGAUGCAGGACACGCUCAUUUGACUGAUUUUAAUAUUGCAACGCGGUUGCAGAAGGACUCGCUCGCCUGCAGUAUGUCGGGCACGAAGCCAUACAUGGCGCCAGAGGUCUUUAUGUGCGCACUGGAAGAAGUUGCCGGAUACAGUUACCCGGUGGAUUGGUGGUCCCUGGGCGUUGUGGCCUAUGAGAUGAGGUCGAACACACGACCAUUUGUGCUGCACUCGCAUACGCCGCUAGUGGAGAUUAAGAAUAUAUUGAACAGUGCGGUUCAUUAUCCGCAUUACUGGAGUCACGAAUUUAUUGAUCUGCUGCAAAAGUUGCUCUGCGUACAUCCGGGCGCACGGAUAAGCACUCAGCAGGAACUGCAUCAGACGCCGCUGUUGCGGCAUUGGGACUUCCAGCAGGUGUUGCAGAAAAGUAUAAAGCCCGCAUUCAAGCCGCCCGAGGAUCAUCUCAACUGCGAUCCCUGCCUGGAGCUGGAGGAGAUGAUUGUCGAGACGCGGCCGCUGCACAAAAAGAAGAAGCGACUGGCCAAACAGCGGUCGGCGCAGCGGGACAGUGAUCCGGAAUCAACGCUCAUCAAGGAGUUCAUUGUCUACAAUCGCUUCAAGGAGCUUAAGCGCAAGGCCAUGGAGCAAAAGGAAAGCGACUGGCAGCGCGAACUGGAGCUGGCCAUGGCCAAUUCCAUUGUCAACAGCCUGGCGCCCAUACAGGAGAAGCCCACAUCAUCGCAAGCCACGCCCACAUCAACAGCUAACAACGCCUGUGGGCGAUCGCCCAGCUCGCCCUCGGACGGCCAGCCCAAAGAAAGUGAUAUCAUUGAAUUUAUAGAUCGCACACCAUCGCCACAGGCGGCACAGGCGACGACCACGUCGCGUAGAUUCUGCUGCAAGACGAACACAAUACGGGAAUAGAGAAUGUAGAUUUAAUCCAAUGCACCAACUAGUCCACAGGUUUCACACCUACGCAUAGCUAAACACACCUGCAGUCAAUCCAGUUACAAAAUUUGCAUGGAGCUGGCCUGAAACGUUUUCCAUAUGAAUUCGAAUAGUUUUAGCAAGACACAAAAUAGUCUGUUCAAUUAAUAGACCAACCAACCAAGGCCAGCCUCAUCGCCCGACCCAUGUCUGAGCUACCGAAACCUUCUACAAGGAUCAAAUUAAAUAUUUUUCGAGCAAGCAUUAAGCCAUAUAAACCAUAUAUAGUAACAAUUUGUAACCACAGGAAACAGGAACCGAUGCCGAUUUGCACCUUUGUAUAUACAAAUACUAUAUAUAAACUAUUUUAUAAAUGUUGCAAGUGCUUCUGUUUUCAACUGUAUAUACACACAUAUAUAUAUAUAUAUUAUUAUCUAAUGUAUUUCGAUAUACAUUUACACCUAUUUUUUAGAUGUUAGC